GGAUCAGCACUUGUAUAACACUGAUCCAUUGUAUCUGCCGGAAGAAAAGGCCUUUGUCACCGAGACCCAAGUAAUUCGGGAGACCUUGUGGCUUCUCUCUGGGGUUAAGAAACACUUUAUAUUCCAACAACACGAUGGAAAAGUGUCCGUAAGGAACAACGUGGUGGUAACUCAUCUCACCAGUAACUGUCUGCGCUCUGUUCUGGAGCAUAUCGCCGUGUACGGGCAGGCGGUGUUCAGGCUGCAGAGGUUCAUAGACGAGGUGACGGGGUACAGCUCGGAGCCGUGCCCACCGGGCUCCGGUUCCUCCUACAGCUCCAAGAGGGGCUCUGAGCCUCCCUUCAGGACCUACCAGGCCUUUGUGUGGGCGCUCAACAAGUACUUUACCGGCUUCAAAGAGGAGCUGACCACAAUUGAGAGAGAGCUCAUAUGUAACGAUGAGACGGUGACCCUGUCUGCGGUUUUGGAGCGACUCAACCCUCACCUGGCUCAGAUCAAAGUCCUGCACAAAGUCUUCUGCACCGGGGUCGCUGAGGUCCCCCCCGAGACCCCGAACGUGGUCCGGGCCUCCCACCUGCUCAACACGCUGUACAAAGCCAUCAUCGAGUACGACAGCGCCGGGGAGGCUUCGGAGCAAGCGGUGGCCUUGUUAUUUUCUCUGUGGACGGAGACAGUCAGACCGUAUCUGGAGAUUGUGGAUGAAUGGAUCGUUCACGGCCACCUGUUUGACCCCGCCAAAGAGUUCAUCAUCCAGAGGAACAAGGACGUCCCGGUGAACCACAGGGACUUCUGGUACGCCACCUACACGCUGUACAGUGUGUCUGAGACGGUGGACAACGAGGAGAAGCUGAACGACGCAGCCAGCGGCAGCUCCGGAGGGGAUCAGAGCUCCAGCAACAGGCAGCUCACCAUGGUGUCCUUCCUCAAACCCGUCCUCAAGCAGAUCAUCAUGGCUGGGAAGUCCAUGCAGCUGCUGAAAAAUCUGGACUGUAAAGAGGCAGAGCAGUCUGAGAGAUCCUCCAGAGAUGCAGAGAGGAAGAGCUUAUACACGCUGUUUCUGGAGUCAGUGCAGUCGCGCCUUUGCAGCCAAGAGCAGUCGCCCACAGACACGGUAACCGAACAACAGGCCACGAAGAGGAGCCUGAUAAAGAUGCAGUCCAUCAUUGCUCAGCACCUGGAGAUCGACGACGUCCAUGAUCCGCUGUUGGCCAUCAACUUUGCCAGGUGA